AUGAACAAACGACCGAUGGGCAACUUUGUCUUCCUCGACCGGACCCGAUACGAUCUCUCUUCGGACCUCACUAUUUUGCGGUGCACCUUGUUCUCGCAGAUAUCCCCACAACAGAAAUUUGCGGUCGAGAGCCGUCUGGUGGACUGGAAGGAUAUUCUGCGAUGGACUGUGGAUGACCAUAAUGCCGCGCAUCAAUCGGACCUCGCUUGGCUGAAUGAUGAAGUCUCAACGAUUGCUGCACAGGAACCGCGAAGACGGAUUGUGGGUUUCACUCAUCAUAGCCCGAGUAUCGAUCCACGAUGUAUAGAUCCAAAACAUGCAAAUAGUGAGGUUUCGACGGGCUUUGCUACCGACUUGAGGCAGAAGACAUGCUGGACUAACCCAAUCGUGGCGGCUUGGGUAUUUGGUCAUACACACUUUAACUGUUGCUUCAGGGACGGGGACAAGGCGAUUCUCUCAAACCAAAUGGGCCACCAUUUGAUCCCCGCGAAGGGCUUUGAUGCGACCUGGGUGUUGACCGUUGAGCGACGAGAGGGCACCUGA